CUCCCUCCAAAAAGUCUUACUCAUUCUCUUCCCUUCUUAAGACCCUUUUGCACCCUCGUUAUCUUUCAAUCCACUCCCUCUCCCUCUCUUUCCUUCACCCCCUUCUAACCAAAAAAAAAACCCACUUGUGUAGACAAAAUUUCAGCUUGAUGGGUAUUGAUGAUGCAUGUAAUACAGGCCUUGUUCUUGGGUUAGGCUUUUCAUCAACCCUGGGAACUCCAUCCAAGGCCAACAACAAUCAAACUCCCAAGAAAUCAUCUAUGUCCAUGGCAGCAGCAAGUGUCGAGCCAUCGCUGACGUUGGCGUUAUCCGGUGAGAUAUACCUAGUUAAUGAUAAUAGCAAAAAGAUUGAUGUGAACAAAGGCGUUGGUUGUCUUCACAACCAUGAGGAGCCUGGCUCCGGUGAUUUGUACCGUCAGGCUUCUCCCCAUAGUGCUGUUUCUUCAUUUUCUAGUGGUAGGGUGAAAAGGGAAAGAGACCUUAGCUGCGAAGAAGUGGAGGUAGAGAAGAAUUCCUCCAGAGUUAGUGAAGAAGAUGAAGAUGGUGUUAAUGCUAGAAAGAAACUCAGGCUCACCAAAGACCAAUCUGCUUUGCUCGAGGAAAGCUUCAAACAGCAUAGCACUUUAAAUCCUAAGCAAAAGCAAGCUUUAGCAAAGCAAUUAAACCUGAGGCCUAGACAGGUUGAAGUAUGGUUCCAGAACAGGAGAGCCAGGACAAAGCUUAAGCAAACUGAGGUAGAUUGUGAAUUCUUGAAGAAGUGUUGUGAGACACUAACAGAUGAAAACAGGAGACUGCAAAAGGAGCUACAAGAACUCAAGGCACUGAAACUGGCUCAACCCUUUUACAUGCACAUGCCAGCGGCUACUCUCACCAUGUGUCCAUCUUGUGAAAGAAUCGGCGGUGUUAGCGAUGGCAGUUCCAAGAACCCAUUUUCAGUAUUGCCUUCAAAGCCUCAUUUCUAUAAUCGCUUCACCAAUCCUUCUGCAGCAUGUUGAUUCCAAGUUCGUUAAUUACAACUUAAAAUCAGUAGCCAAAGAAAGGACGAGAAUAGACCCUCCCCAUAACCCCUCUAUUUUUUGGUUAAGGGCUUGUAGCGAAUCAAAAUUAGUGUGGACUAUAAAUUAAUUUGUAGAAAACCAAUAGUAAAAAUUACUGAUCAAUCUCCUCAUCCAUCUUUAUAUGUUUUUGUAAAUAUUCAUUAGAAAUUAAGAUAUACUAGUAUAUCUAUCUUUUAUUAUUCAUUCUUUUGUUCCAUCUUUUAAUGAUACACUUGUUGUUUCCAUUGCUUUGAUAAUAUGGAAUGAAUAAAGAUUACGAUUUAUCUCAUGGAAA